UGCUCAGUACGGAAGGGCGGUGUUUUUCGUUCUUUGUUGAAGCGAGUCGGCGGUGGAUCGGGAUCGGGAGGGGGUCCUCACCCUCGCCCCUUGGGGCAGGGAGCCGGGGACGGAUUAUUCUCUGCGGGGCGACACCAAGAAUUUCCUUUCGAGACUGGACGGACGUUUAUAAGAUUACGAGAGGGACAGAGUGGAUAGACGUGUGGUCGGCAGAGAGACAGGCUACAGUGGGAUCUGGCGCAGCUGCAAAUACUGAGCUGCAAAUUGCAGAUGCAGCAGAGAAGCCGCUCCCUGCUCCGAGGAAUGCCUGCGUGUCAGAAUUUGCCCUGCAGGCAGGCAGCAGCUUGCACACAGAAAAUUGCACUGUGAAUCUCACAGAGCAGCAACAUCGGCCCCUCCCCCAUAGUUACUAAAUGGCCCUCGUCUGAUGGUCUGAUGUAAAACUAGAAGAAAACGACUUGAAAAUAUACCCACAGGGAGACUAAACGUUCUUAGUGAAUUAAGUUAGACCUGCGGUGAGAGAUUUAUUGGAAGAAAAGCCGACAGCUGGAAAGUCACGAAUGAGAACGAGGGAACAGCGACAAGUGAACCAGCCCGAGGACUGAGAGUACCAACUGAAGAGAACCCUCUGACUCAGAGUUUUCAUUGAUUCAGUCAGGAGAAAGUUUGAGCCUCACCAGCAGGUGGAGCUGUCCUGCAGAGCGACCAAAGUGUAAACAAGACGACGCCAAUCAACAAUCGCCAGUCAGAAUCAGAAUGGACAAAGUAUGGAACGUAUUGAAGAGGAUUUUACCAGGCAGAUCAUCGAGGGAAGAUGAUCGGGACAAGGGAAGCAAGGUACCAAAGCAGGGUCAGAUUGAGAGCGGUGUCCCAAUGGAAUCCGGUCCGGCCGCAGAGAAGGAGGAGAAAAUUCAGCCCAGAGACAGUGACGUCAGGGACACUGAUCCGGACCCUGGAACCGGCACAAGUGAGGCGACUAUCUGUCAGCCCAGAGACAGUGACGUCAGAGACACCGAUCAGGACCCUGGAACCGGCACAAGUGAGGCGACUGCCUGUCAGCUCGGAAGCUCAUUGAACACAGGACUGCCAAGUCCCAAAGAAGGAUCGGAGCCAGAGUUUACAAUCUCCGACCUCCUGGCACAGGGGGAGGAAUAUCGACUGUACCACCUGACAAAGUUCUACAGGGACAGACUCAAACAAGCAAUUGAAGAAAAGGUUGAGAGACUGGGUUGGAUGUUGACAAAGGAGGGACAUUUCAGUAGAGAAGAAAAUGAGAAAGUCACUGAACUGACAGAGAAGGGAAACCGGGCAGAGAGUUCCAGACUCUUCCUCAGUCUGGUGAAUGGCAAAGGCUCCCGGGCCCGGAGGGCGAUGUGGGAAUCCUUUCUGAUGUGGAGGACUGAGUUACCGAAGUUGGACAAAAUACUGAGGGAAAUACAGGAACUCGGUCCUGAUCCACAAGAAUACAUGAACAUCGGCCAAGGUUUAUCUGAAUUACCCACUCAGCUGAUAGGUGAGUGAUCAAAUGCACAGUUC